AGUCUUGCAUAUCGCUUGUCAUGCUUCAGGUGAAUCUUGAAAUACAGAAGGCAUUAUUCGAAUCGUCAAGUAUAAAAAAAGCGUUAAAUGUAUAAAUAUCUGAAAAAAAUUAGAGCUUACAAUUUUUUAGUUCUGCUCUCUCUGGACAACACUUCGAAAUUUAGAAACCGUUCUUACUCUCAUUGAAUACAAUGUCUGGUUCAGUCAGUGCGAAGCAACUCAAAGCUGUUUUUGAAGAUGUUGAUCUCAAUAACGAUGGUUACAUUACACGUCAGGAAUUGGCUUUGGCCAUCCGUGCUCUAGGAAAAAAUCCUACCGAAAAGGAGUUGGAUGCAGUAUUUGCCGAACUCGGCAAAGACCAACAAAGUAUAGAUUUUGGUUCUUUCAAGCAUGCGUUUGGCAAGCCUUUCAGCUCUCCGUUCGACCAAGACAAAGCUAUGCGAGAUGCGUUCAAAAUUCUCGAUACUGAAAAUGAUGGCACUAUUCUCGAAUCUGAACUCCGCCAAAUCUUACUGACAGUUGGCGAUGCGAUGACUCACGAAGAAGUAGACUCAAUUUUAGAGAAUAUCACAGUAGACAGUAGCGGAAAAGUUCAAUACGAUAAGCUUGUUGAUCUUCUCGUCAAUGAAUAUCCUCCUGGACAAAUAUUUUCAUAAAUCUUGGUCUACAUUCUUUGCUAGAAUAGAAAUCGACAAAUAAAAAAAUUUGUGGGUUUACACAUCAUUUCAAUAUGGCAAUAAACAUACAAAAAAGCCUCUGUAGGAAAGAACCGAGCCGGUUGAGAAAGUUCUAUGUGGGGCUAUCCAUAUCAAAACAAUGAAAAAAUUUCAAAAUUCGAAAAAUUUUUUCGAAAGACCAUUUGCAUUUGUUCA